UAUUUGAAAUUCUUUCGGUUCAAUUGACGGAAACAGAGAUGGCUUCCUGUGUACUCAGAAAAGUUGCAAAUCCGCAGAUUUUUCGUUAUCUCUCGAAAAAUGCAGCAUCAAUUAAUGUAGUUAAAAGACAGACAAGGAAGAUACACUCAACACCGUUUGUUCUGCAGAAAUACUUCACAGAGAAACAUGAAUGGGUAGAUGUGCCUGAAGGGAGCACACAGGGUACAGUGGGCAUUACAGACUAUGCACAGGAUAAAUUAGGAGAAGUGGUAUAUGUUCAGCUGCCAGAAAAAGGAGACAGUCUGGAAGCAGAUGGUGAGGCAGGAGUGUUGGAAAGUGUGAAAGCAGCAAGUGACAUAUACAGUCCUGUCACUGGGGAAGUCACAGAUGUUAACCAAGCAGUAGCUGAUAACCCUAAAGCAAUAAAUGACAGUCCGUAUGAAGAUGGCUGGUUAUUCAAGUUGACCCUGUCAUCACCGAGUGAGCUUGAAAAUUUAAUGAAUGAAGAAAGCUACGAAGAAUAUCUGAAAACUUGUGAUUGAUGCAUUAAUAUAUUAUUGAUUGAUGCAUUAAUAUACUAUCUGUUUUGCAGUAUUUACUAUGUAAAUUGUGUGAGAGUCCUGCUUUGAAAGGAAGGUUGUUUUUAACUCACCUGUCACGAAGUGACAAGGUGAGCUACUGUGACCGCUUGAUGUCCAUCGUGCGUAGUGUGUCGUCCGUCAACAAUUUCUAAAAAAAUCUUCUUCUUGAAAACCACUGGGCAGAAUUACACCAAACUUCACAAGAAUGAAACUUGGGUGGCCCCCUUUCAAAAUUAUUCAAAGAAUUGAAUUCCAUGCGGAACUCUGGUUGCCAUGGCAACUGAAAGAAGAAACUUUAAAAAUCUUCUUCUCAAAAAGCAGAAGCCCUAGAGCUUAGAUAUUUGGUGUGAAGCAUUGCCUAGUGGACCUCUACCAAAUUUGUUCAAAUCAUGACCCUGGGGUCAAAAUUGACCCCACCCCAGGGGUCACUCGAUUUUACAUAGGAAAAUCUUCAAAAAUCUUCUCAAAAACCAGAAGCCCUAGAGCUUAGAUAUUUGACAUGUAGCAUUGCCUAGUGGACCUCUACUGAAAUUGUUCAAAUCAUGACCCUGGGGUCAAAAUUGACCCCGCCCCAGGGGUCACUUGAUUUUACAUAGGAAAAUCUUCAAAAAAUUUCAAAAAAUAAACCAGAAGGCCUAGAGCUUAGAUACUUCACAUGUAGCAUUGCCUAGUGGACCUCUUCAAAAUUUAUUCAAAUCAUGGCCCCAGGGGUCAAAAUUGACCCUGCCCCAGGGGUCACUUGAUUUUACAUAGGAAAAUCUUCAAAAAAAUUCUAGAAAUAAACCAGAAGGCCUAGAGCUUAGAUAUUUGACAUGUAGCAUUGCCUAGUGGACCUCUACAAAAAAGUUUCAAAUCAUGACCCCUGUGUCAAAAUUGACCCCGCCCCAGGGGUCACUUGAUUUUACAUAGGAAAAUCUUCAAAAAAUUUCUAAAAAUAAACCAGAAGGCCUAGAGCUUAGAUAUUUGACAUGUAGCAUUGCCUAGUGGACCUCUACAAAAUUUGUUCAAAUCUUGAACCCCCCAGCAUCAAAUUGACCCAGCCCCAGGGGUUACUUGAUUGAACACAGGGAAAUCUUCAUAAAUUUGCUUAAAAUAAACCAGAAGGCCUAGAUCUUAGAUAUUUGAUAUGUAACAUUGCCUAAUAGACUUCUACAAACUUUGUUCAAAUUAUGACCCUGGGGUAAAAUUGGCCCCGCCCCAGACGUUACUUGAUUGUACAUCAGAAAAUCUUCCAAAAAAUUUCUAAAAAUCAUCAGUUUGACAUUUGAAACAUGUAGCUUAUAUUACUCAGGUGAGCGAUCCAGGGUCAUAAUGACCCUCUUGUUUGUUGUAUGGAUACUGUAUUUUAAUACCUGUUUACCAUACAAUGUGUUUCAUUACUGAUAUAUCAGGUAUAAAAAUGUAUGUAUUGAAUGAUUACUCUUGUUGAUGUGUAUUGCCUAACCAAGUAAAAGAUAUCUAUUGAUGAGAUGUAUAGCUUAGAUAAUAAAGGAAAGUAAUCAUAUGUAUGACAAUUCUUAGUGUAAAUACAUACAUAGCUAACUAUAUUACAUAUUAUUGUACCCCCGACAACAAAGUUGUAAGGAGGGGUAUACUGGUUUCAGGUUGUCUGUCUGUCUGUCCGUCUGUCCGUAGACGCAAUCUUGUGUGCACCAUCUCUCCUUAUCCCCUUGACAGAAUUUAAUGAAACUUCACACAAGUGAUCAGUACCAACAGUAGUUGUGCAUGGGACAUGUUAGGUUCUUUUAGAAAAAAAAUUGCAGAGUUAUGGGACUUUGUUUUUUUGUUACUAUAGGAGAGAUCGCCAUUACGUCACGCAUAAAUACCUGUUUAUCUGGUGGUGGGUAAAACAAAUGUUUUUACACCGUUUGUGUAUGGGAUCUGAAUUUUUAAUUUUUAAUAACUUUUUCGCUCAUUUAUGGAUUUUAAAAAUUAAAAAAGUUUUGGAAUGCUUAGGAUUUUCAUAUUUUCCCAUUUAAAUAUCUUUUUAAAAUGAAUAUCCGUUUUAAAUGACAUAAGAUUUUAAUAGCGGCGUAGCGAUCCUCCAAACAUUUUGAAAAAACACUGUAAGUUAAGCGUUCAUAAUUAAUCCAUUUAAUUUCGAAUUUAUAAUCAAAAGUAAUCAAUAAAUUGCUUGUUUUAUACACUUUCCGUUGAUCAUAAAAUUAUUGAUAUUAUUUGUGUUUUAAGAAAGUUUAAGCCGUUAGAAAGACAUCACUGUUUACAAAAAACAUGGACGCUCGGCGUCGGCCCACCCGGUCUUUGUCUUAUCAGUUCUAAAAAUAGAAAAUACAAUGGAUUUGUUUACAAACACGAUCACUCCUAUACUAUAUACACAGACACAAUCUUGUGCGCACCAUCUCUCCUCAUCCCCUUGACACAAUUUAAUGAAACUUCACACAAGUGAUCAGUAACAAAAGUAGUUAUGCAUGGGGCAUCUUAGGUUCUUUCAGAAAAAAAAUUUGCAGAGUAAUGGGACUCUGUUUUUUUGUUAUUAUACUAUAUACAUAGACACAAUCUUGUGUGCACCAUCUCUCCUCAUUCCCUUGACACAAUUUAAUGAAACUUAACACAAGUGAUCAGUAACAACAGUAGUUGUGCAUGGGGCAUGUUAGGUUCUUUCAGCGACAAAAAUUGCAGAGUUAUGGGACUUUGUUUCUUGUUAACAUACUAUGUACAUACAGUCUGCAUAUGCAAUCUUGUGCGUGCCUAAUCUACCAAACCCUUACACACAAUUUAAUGAAACUUCACACAAGUGAUCUGUACCAACCCUAGUUGUGCAUGGUGCAUGUUACAUUCUUUUAGAUAAAUAUUCUGCAUAGUUAUGGGACUUUGUUUUUUGUUACUAUACUGUAUACAUACAGUCUAUAUACAUACAGUCCACAUAAUUAUGCUAUCUUGUGUGCGUCAAAUUGCAAUGUACUGUGUCAGUGCAUGCUGGGGGUACAUUCAUCACCUUUAGUGAUAGCUCUAGUUAUCUCAGGAUUAUGUUUCUUCCAGUUUUGUACAUGUGAUACAGAUCUUGAUUAUGUAGUCAUUUCAAAUGAUGUUUCUGUCUCACAUAAAAGGUGUAAACAUUGUCUUGUUAGGAUAAAGAAUGGUAGUGCUAAGAAAUACAGAUGAAAUAAUGGUCUUGUAAACAGUUUGUAAAAUUGUUAUGUGUGAGUUGUUUUUCCAUAGAAAUACUUAUAAAAUAACUGGUGCAAUGCUGCUCUAUCACACUUGUAUAGAUAUAUAAGCCUGCUUUGUUACUUUGUAUUAAUGGCUAGUUAAUUCUUACUACAGUUCUAAACUUUUUUUACAGCCCUUUUAAAGAUGUUAGAUUUAGAAUCUGUAACAUAACUUAAAAUUUGGUGGAUAAUUGAUUGUUUCGUUGAUAUACAAUGUAUAUAUUUUGUUAUGAAUGACCAGCUUCAUUGGAAAGAGCUGUAAUGUAUCUGAUAAUCAUUGAUUUUGUUUUCAUUUUCUUUCCGUUUAAUUGGCAGUAAAUCCAACCAUAUAUUAUGGGUAAUAAUAAUUAAAAUUCUUUGUUGACCUUGGUGUGUAAGACAUCAUGCCAUGUCAGAUAUAACAUAUAUUCCUGGACAGUGAAUGCAGGACCAUAUCAACUGAACUAUGCACGUAUAUGACCUUAAAUAAUCAAAAAUGUGUAGCAGUCUGUUUGAUUGACAUUCCGAAAGAGACUUUUUCCUAAUGUAAAGUCCCACCUAUGUUUUCAUGUGGAAUUACAACUCUCUUGUGGGAAUGGAAUAUGAUCAGGAAACUGAAAUGUGUUUGUUGUACAGAAUUAGUUGCUUUGCAGAAGUUCAUGUACUAUAGUAUAUUGUCUAAUUGGAAAGGAAGUUACCUCCCUUUUCAAAGAAGUUAAUUAACUGUAGUAUUGUCUCAUUGGAAAGAAAGUUACCUCCCUUUGUAAGGAGGUAUUUGUUUCUUGUAGGAAUUUGUAGCACAUUUAGUUAUUAUGUCUCCCACCACACAGUGAUGUGGGAGACAUAUUGAUUUAUUCCAGUCUGUCUGUGUGUGUGUCCGUCACAAAGCUUGUCCGCACUCUAAGUCGAACAUUUCUCAUCCGAUUUUCACCGAACUUAAACAAAAUGUGUUUGACCAUAAGACCUCGGCCAAGUUCGAUAACUAACCAAAUCGGUCCAGGCGUCUUGGGGUUAUGGAACUUGAAUUACCAAAAAUCGGCCUUUUUACUCUUGUCCACACUCUACUUCAAACAUUUUUCAUCCGAUCUUCACCAAACUUGAACAAAAUGUGUUUAACUAUAAGACCUCGUCCAAGUUCGAUAACUAGCCAAAUCGGUCCAGGCAUUUUGGGGUUACGGCCCUUGAAUUAUCGAAAAAUCGGCCUUUUUACUCUUGUCCAAACUUGAACAAAAUGUGUUUGACCAUGAGACCUCGACCAGGUUUGACAACUAGCCAAAUCAGUCUAGGCAUUUUGGAGUUACGUCCCUUGAAUUACCGAAAAAUCCGCCUUUAUACAAUUGUCCGCUCUCUAAAUCGAACAUUUCUCAUCCGAUCUUCACCAAACUUGAACAAAAUGCGUUUGGCCAUAAGACCUUAGCCAAGUUCCAUAACUAGCCAAAUCCGCCAAGACACUUGAUUUAUGGCCCUUGAAUUACUGAUUGGAUCCACUCAUCCAGACCAUCUAAUUGGAUCAACUCGUCUUAACCAUCUAGAGAAACUAGGCAUUUUUCAUAGGGGCAGUUGUGGGAGACAUGCGCUUUUCUCAAAAGCAUCUCUGGUACUAAAUAUGAUUUGCUUUAUCAGAAUAUUUAAUAUUUUGGGUUGUAUAUUAUGAUUUAAUUGGCAUUAUCUGUAUUUGGAAUGUUACAUCAUUUAUAAUAACACUGGUGUAGUUUAAUCUAUGAAUCUCAAAAAAUACUGCAAGAUUUUCUCGCUCAGUUCCUUGCAGGUUUUUUGUUAUGAUCUCAGACGUGAUUUUUUUCUAGCAUAGACCUCUCGGCUUUUGUUUACAGUACUUGCUUAUUUUUGCCUUUAUGUCAAAUCCCUUAUUUCAGGUGUUAACACAUUUAAAUAAGCUAAUCAGUUGUAUACUUCUUAUGGUUGUAAAAGGAGGCAUUAAGUAAUUUAAACAUUUUAUUUUUCCCCUAUUAAUUAGAUAUAAACUUUUAGCCAUAUUAUGGUUUUCUUUUAAGGUAUCCAAUCCACAAAUAGAUAAUAUUUUGAUGCCUGGUGACCCCAUGUAGAGUUGUAAAUAAGAUGACCAUAACAAUAUGCACGAAUCACUACAGUCAUGUUUUUUGACUGCGAAAUGAUAAUUUUUACACUGUAAUUGGAUUUCUUUUUAAGUAUCAUCGAAAACUGUAAAGUAAAAAAAAUAAAAAUUCUAUAACAUAUUUUGUCAUGUAAUUUAUAUUUUCGUCUUCAGUAGAAGAUACACUUGCAAAUGAUACCAAAAUUAUAUGAGCUUACCCGGCAUCAGUAUUUUAUAUAUUUUGAUAGCAGUGUUUAUAGAACUUGCUUAAUUGUGGAUUAUAAGAAAUAUAAAAGAUUAUAAGAGUUUUAUGAAAUUUUCAGUUGAUAAACAUGUUUUUAUACAUUCACUUCAUUUGCAGUGAAUAAUACAUGUAGGUUAUGGUAGCUGUAAAUACUUGCUACACAAGAAAUAUUCAAUGUAUGUCUGUUUGAAUAUCAAACUUCAUUAAGUGUCAUAUAGUGUAGCAUCAAUGAGGCGUUUUGUUACAGAAAUCUUUUUAUAGUUAUGUUUAUUUCAUGUAGGUAUUUGACUAUUUGUUAUCUGAGUAUGACUGACAGAAUUUUUGUUUUUCUCAAGACAUGAUUAUGUGGGAGAUUUUUAUUUGAUAGAUCACAAACGAAUUUGAUGUUAUUUUAUGUUGCCUUUAAUUCAAUGUCACUAAAAGCUGUAACUGUAAUGAACCAUUUAUUGUUCAUAUUGUGUAUUCUACACACGAAUAUGCUAUACCAUAAAAAUGUUAAGAAUACAUUUUUAUUUGGCCGAAACACACAGUUAAAAUUUUGUGCAGGUAAUGUCCCAUCAGCAUCUGAUCAGCUGGUUUAAACUGUAAAUAUGGCUUAAAUGCUCCUGAAAUUAUAUAUUAUUUGAAACAGUUGAAGCACGACUACAGGCAUCUAAAUCAUACAAAGUGAAAUCUGUUCAUGUACAUUUUAUGUACAUGAGUACCUGCCUGCGUCCACCUUCAGUUUUGAAGCUGGAAACAACACCUAUAAUUAUAUAUAAUUAUUAUUCAUAUAAUAAUCUUUAAUUAAUUGCAGCAUUAACCCUUAGCCUGCUGGCGGCAAGUGAUUCUGCCUUUGCGACCAGUGCAGACCAAGAUCAGCCUGCACAUCUGUGCAGUCUGAUCAUGGUCUGCACUGUUCGCUAUUCAGUCAGUAAAUUUUCAGUGAACAUCCCUUCGAAUAAUAAAUGGUUUUGCCCAAAUUGAAUGAUGGACCAGUUUAUUUUAGAAAUUUAAUAGGAUAAGGGUUAAUUAAUUGCAGCAUUAAGUAGAUAAAUGUGGAUUUGAUAUAUAGCCUGGUUAAACUUAUUAGAGCUCUUCUGCACCCACUCCCUGUCAAAAACCAAUCUUUUCUGCCGGCACAACCGCUCCCGCAUAUAUCAGAAAUGGAACUUUGUCAUUUUCUUCAUCAGUUCAGGCUCCAACUAUUGAACAUGAUUGACUGCAUUCAUAAAAAAAAGUGCUUCUAGUUCCAACUAAUCAUUUUCAGAAUUUUUCUUAUUUAUUUAUAAUGAUGUGAAAAUUACACUCUUCACGUGUGUGAAAAAUGUGACACAAGAUGUCUGAAGAAUAGGUACAUAUUAAUAUUUUCUGUAAAUAUGUAGAGCAUACAGUUGUGAUAACUGUAUUUGUAUGAAGAAUACAGAGGAUGAAAAAAAAAAUGGUUUUACAUAGCUGUUAUAAUGUGUAUGAAAGAUAUAUGAAUUUUACUUUGUUUGCAUCUGUUUUUCUUUCUUUUUUUGUAAACUAAAGAUUGUUAUGAUUUUUUUAUACUCACAUACAAAGGUCAUAGCAUGCUGAUUUUUGGGAUUAUGGUGAAUAAACAUGAACUUAUGCACAAAAUGUUUCUUUUAUUUUACCACGACCACAAGGGAGAUUUGAAAACCAUAUACAUUGAGAAGUGGUUCUAAACUCACUUGUGCACAAAGUGCUGGAAGAGAGAUAUUGAUUGUAAACACACAGGGUCUUUUAACCUGUGUUUUAAGUUUUACUGUUAACACAUUUGAGGUUGUUAUAAUGGCCAACUUUAAAUUAGGUUUAGUCAGAAUGUUUGUCUCAGUAUAACUUUUUAUAGUAUAGACAAAAUUAAUACUUAGUUAAACAAGGUCACUUGUUCAUAUAAAAACCUUUGUAAGCGCCCAAGAGGCCACAAUUUCUAUCUGAUCUUCAUGGAACAUGGUGAGAAUAUUUUUCUUUGUGGUUCUGGGAUGAUCUGUGUAUGAAAAGAAUUGGAACCACUGCCUUACCCUUGCAUGAUCAUAAGAGGCGACUAAUAGGGUCUUAACACUUGGUUUUGCUGUAACUCAGUGCUUCCAGCAGAUAUGCAAAUUUUGAUUCCAUACCUUUUGUUUUUAUUUCGAUGUAAAUGAGAUAUGAAACCAAAAUUUGUAGUCCUGUUUGGCACCAUAUAAGCUAUACUGUGUUGGUGCGCCGAAAAACCAAAAUAAAAUAAAUAAAUUAAAUUUA